GCAAAACACCAAGCGCACACACUACGCAAGAACGAAAAUCGCGCAGUCAGAGAGCAAGAAGCAAGCAAGCAAGCAAGCAAGGACAGCUGCGUGGUUGACGCGAAGUGUUGUGGUGUGCGUGUGCGUGUGUGUGUCGCGUGUGUGUGUGUCGCGUGUGUGUGUGUCGCGUGUGUGAACACUCGUGCUCGCACAGUCGAUCGAACGGUGUUUGGUUAGGUGGAGGCAAGUUGAGCACCCGCACGGGCGAGGAUGAGCACGUUUGGGAAGUACUUUCGCGUGACGACCUUUGGCGAGUCGCACUGCAAAGGCGUUGGCUGCAUCGUCGAUGGGGUGCCGCCGCUGCUGGAGCUGUCGGAGGAGGACAUCCAGCCGCAGCUGACACGCCGCCGUCCAGGACAGAGCAAGCUCACCACCCCACGCAACGAGGCAGACAAGGUCUCAAUCCUCUCUGGCACGGAGUCUGGCCGAACGCUGGGCACGCCAGUUGCGCUGUUCGUGGCAAACAAGGACCAGAAGCCAGGCGACUACAACUCCACGCGGCAUGCCCCGCGCCCAUCGCACGCCGACUACACGUACACAACCAAGUACGGCGUGCAUGCGUCCAGUGGUGGCGGUCGUUCCAGCGCACGCGAGACGGGAUUUGAGAUUGGGACUGGCUUUGAGGGCACAAAGCUGCGUGGGUCUGAGCAUAACGACGCGUUUGUGAAGAAAGGCACGUCGCUGGGCACGGAGACCAACAACAGCGGCGGCAUUCAGGGUGGCAUCAGCAAUGGCGAAAGCAUCUAUUUCCGCGUCGCAUUCAAACCUCCCGCCACCAUUGGGCAGGCGCAGACCUCGGCCAACUUCAGCGGCGAGAAGGACGUGGUGGCGGCAAAGGGGCGACACGACCCGUGCGUUGUGCCGCGCGCCGUGCCCAUUGUGGAGAGCAUGGCUGCGCUUGUGCUCGCCGACGCCGCGCUUGCACAGUUGGCUCGACAGGGGGCCACGCCACGCCACGCCGGUGUUGGCAGCAACGAUGUCGACGCGCUGUCUGCCGAGGACCUGCGCGUGCGCUACGACCGCGAGCUGCGGCUGAAGGAGCAGUACCAGAAGCGGCUGCAGAAGCGCGUUGAGGCCGAUGCAAGGGCCAUCCCCACCAGGUACCUGUAUCCUGGGCUGAUUGUCGCUGGCGUGUUGGCGGGCGUCUACCUUGGGCGCCGGCUGUUUGGAGCGCCGAGCUACGCCUCGUCAUCAAGCCUCGUGCUCGGCUACUGA